CCAUUUUAUUAUCGUCUUGUGGUAGACGCUAGAAGAAGUUCUUGCUUCAACAGUGUUUGAACGGAGCUUCUUUCCUUCGUCUUGGACAUCGCUGCAUUGCUUACUUUGUACAAAGUAGACUAGUAACACUAGUAACAGAUUCUAUAUUUUUCUACGGAUAAUUUUGAUAAGAAAACAAGGAAAGUGCCAAAAUGGAGACUUCUCAGAUUCGCCAGAAUUACCACCGCGACUGCGAGGCAGCCAUCAACCGCAUGAUCAAUAUGGAGCUCUUUGCUUCCUACACCUACACCUCAAUGGCAUAUUAUUUUGCCCGUGACGAUGUCGCACUUCCUGGAUUUGCCCACUUCUUCAAAGAAAACAGCGACGAGGAGCGCGAGCACGCUGAUAAACUGCUGGCCUUCCAGAAUAAAAGGGGCGGGCGCAUCUUCCUUCAGGACAUCAAGAAGCCAGACCGGGAUGAGUGGGGCAGUGGAUUGGAGGCCAUGACGUGUGCUCUUCAGCUGGAGAAGAACGUCAACCAGGCCCUCCUCGACCUGCACAAGAUCUCGUCCGAAAAAGGAGAUCCACAUCUCUGUGACUUCCUGGAGACUCACUACCUGGGCGAGCAGGUGGAGGCCAUCAAGAAGCUGGGAGAUUACGUCACCAACCUCACCAAGAUGGACUCUGCCAACAACAAGAUGGCCGAGUACCUCUUCGACAAGCACACCCUGGGUGGCAAGAGCUAAAUGUUAAAAACAAAAAAAAUCGCAACCACAAAAAAACGCAGUCAUCACGCCAAGGUUGCCUAGUUCUGCUUGAUUAAUCAUUAAUCUGUCACUUUGUUUUAUUUGGCUAAUCCUAAAUGGGCACACAAAAUGAAACCGGCUGGAAUAGAAACUGAUUUUAAGAUGGCUGUUGCCAAUCUGAUGAAUAAACAUUUUGAACCGAU